AUGUGCGUUACCGAGAUCUGGAGCUAUCGCGAGUGCGGAUGUUUCUACAAUCACAAGGCGCUGUGCCAAUCUCACCGAAGAGAGCAGACGCCGUGCUUUGCACCUAACAUACAAUAUCCGUUAGACAAAUGGCUCAAAGAAACAGCAGUCGCUGUAGAAGCCUCGUACAAGCAGUUCAGACCACGAGCGAAGCCCACUGAACCCCAGGAUUGCCCGAAUCACCACAUUGUCGAGAAGUCUUUCCUCAAUCAAAUCUGCGAAGACUGUCUGCUGGCAGAACUCAAUGGGAUGCCGUCUACUCCCGAGAAGGGUACCAGUGCUCAGGAUGUCUCUGCUGCCGUCUUGGACAGUGGAGAAGGACUGAUUUGGGAUAGCGAGGUGAAGAUCGAAAUCGAGGACCAAAAUUCGGGAUUCUCAGCCAGUCCAACGGUGCCAGAGGCGUCAGGGCACAACCGGGGCGUACUAGACGAGGACAGGAGGAUCCUGGAAAGCCACGCUGAGAUCAUAAUUGAGGACGAAAGACACUGUCUCUCCGCUGAGAUUGCGGCUUCUCCAAGGAUCAUUGCACGUCCCCAGAGUUGUCGCUCACCACACCCAGUAAUAGAGACCUCUUCACCAACCAGCCGCCGUGUUGACUUUCGUCAAUCAAGUUCAAGCGCUUCCGGAUGCAAGAGAUACGGGCGCGCUUUUCACAACAUCGAUGUCACCGGUUUCGAUCCGGAUAAUGAUAUUGGUGCUGGCCUUGAGCGGUCCCAUCGCAACCCCACACCAAUAUUUUGUGGAAGGUCUCUGAUGCGCUCGAAUCAACGCAGCGCCCAGGGAUGCGGGCUUGAUGCAGAUAUCCGUCCAGUGGCACCCAGGGCAAGAAUCGGGAUCAAGAGCCUGCCCAAGUUCCAAAGUCUUAAGAGUCUCUCGACAUCUUUCCGCAUGGCGCCGAGAUCGUUGAUCGUCGCUUCGAGCUACGGCCAUGACUCACCAACGGAUUUGCCGUCCUCAUCGAGCUCUGCAGGAUCUAGCCCAAAGAAUGCAUUUCGCAAUAUUUGCCGUUGCAAAGGUUCAUCUCCAACAGAAGAAACAAGCACAUCUUGGUUUGGGGGGUUGGAGCAACAUUCCCACAAUGUCCACCACGAGAGCACUCCGAUCCCUGAGGUGCAAGAUACGGCGGCCAUUCUGCCUCGGAAGUCGAGUCUGAAGAAUUUCGCCCUGUUUCUCAUGGAAGAAUUCACAUGGACAAAAGGGAUAGCGCAGCCAUGGUCAGGCAGCCAGCCAAGGAGUCUUAUUCCCAGCCCGACUACAUCUCGGUUGCGCAAUCGCGCUGCGUCUAGUGAAGAGACGAAUUCAACCACUUGGGAAUCAGUUUCGCGUUCUGACACUGUCUAUGAGACUGCUUCUCGGGCCAGCAGCCCGAAGACCAAUGGGACGGGAGACUUGGAAGCGGAUGAAGGCCUCAUGAUCCCGAGCAUCCCAAAGUCGUCGACUAUGAACACCAUGCGAGCAAUUAUUAGUGGAUGCAUUGAUCGAAAUUUUGGGCGCGACGACCAAGACAAGACAGUGGUUCGACCGCCAAUGUUAGGCAAGGAGGAGGCUGGACGGCAGGGUCGAUGGGCAGAUGGUACCGAUAUAGGCCGGACCGAUAUGUUUGAAUAG